AUGGCUACUGCGAAGGACUCCUCGUCACCCUGUCCAGGCGGCUACAGUGUCAGAGUCAGGCCACCAGACAGUGAGCAGAGCCGUAAUGGCAGGGCAUGGGGUCAGGGCGAGUCACUUCGCUCGUACGCCCAAAGGUUCAACGAGGAGAACGUACAGAUACCUGACCAGAACGAGCAGGUAACUAUUGCUGCCUUCACUAACGGGUUAGUGGCAGGGAUCUUCAACACCGAAAUCCAUCGGCAGUACACCCAUACACUUCGGGAGCUCUGGGAAAGAGUGGACCAGGGAAUCCGAAAUGAAGAUGUAAAUCGCAUGAAGCGAGAAGCCCAAGCGUCUCGUACGGGGCUAGAUCCCCGGAGGAGGAAAGACACAGGCCGAGGUGAACAAGGCCCCAGUGGCACUUCAAACCAACUCCGAGACCGCCGGAGUGUUUUCGAUCGAAUCGUAAAAGGCAGGUCGUCCACCUCGGACGCCGAGCGGACACCCCUCAAUUCGAGCCGGACCCAUGUCCUGGCUGUGAUGAGGCAGAAUCACCUCGGCCGCAACCCUCCCGAAAUUCCGGGGAGAAGAGAUAAGAGGAAUUCAAACCUCUAUUGCGCCUAUCAUCCGAAUGUUGGGCACGAGACUGAAGACUGUAACGAUCUGAAGCGAGAGAUCGAGAAUUUGAUCCGGCAAGGAUACCUGAAGCAAUUCGUCCGCAAGGAUGGAGGCUUCAACCGAAGCGUCUCCCACCGGGAGAACCAGGGCCCCCGCCGAGAUGACCGGCGGGACACGAACAUGCAUUGCCGAGGUCCUGAAGACCGUAGGGAGGACAAGCAGCCUCCGCGCAAUGGAUCACCGGGCUACGGCCCCAACAUCGUCGGGGUGAUCAACACCAUCGCGGGAGGACCAACGGGAGGAGACAGCCAGAACUCCCGGAAGCGGACCUACCGCCAGGCCGAGAUGGAGGUGGCCGAGCCGAGCUCCCGGCUGUCCGAGGUCAUCACCUAUGGUCCCGCUGACCCCGUUCCUGCGGCCUCCAGCAAUCACGAAGCUCUUGUGAUUGAAGUCCUCACCAACAACUACGUAGUCAAAAAGGUCUAUGUUGACCCCGGAAGCUCGGUAGACGUCUUGUACUACCGAACUUUCGAAAGUUUGAAGCUGACCAGGGAGCAACUCACUCCUGUCAGAACUCCCCUCGUGGGAUUCGGGGGACACGUCGUCCACCCGGAGGGCAUGUUGAUCCUGAUGGUAACAAUCGGGCGUCAUCCACGCUGCCGAACUGUGCCAGUCAGUUUUGCGGUGGUCAAAGCGGACUCCCCCUAUAAUAUGCAGAUAGGCCGGCCCACGCUCAAUGCCUUGAGAGCCGUAUACUCCACCUACCACCUGAGAUUUAAAUUCCCAACAUCUGCGGGGGUAGCCGAGGUGAGCAGCGAUGUGGGCGCCGCCCGGGAGUGCUAUCUCGCCACCAUUCAAGCAGCAGUCACACCCGGCCCCUACCGAGGUCAGAAGAAAAGAGGCCAGCGGUCCUCUCCAUAG